GAAGAUAGCAGGUGGUACAUCCUGUGAAGAAAGUCAUAGAGACACUCAGCACCUCUAAACCCACCAGUCUGAGAAGACAAAAACCCCAUCACACUCCCUCUUACACUCUCUCAAACACGUUCUCAGACACGCUCUUUGACAACAUGGCUGCCACAUCUCUCCUGCUCCUGCUCAUCACUCUCCUGCCUGCUCCAGGGCUCACAGCCUACCAGGACUCUGGCAUAGUGAAUGGAGCAGAAGCCAGACGCCACUCCAAACCCUACAUGGUCUCUGUACAAGCAAAGAAGUCACAUAUCUGUGGAGGGUUCCUCGUGUCUGAGAGCUUUGUCAUGACAGCCGCCCACUGCUACAAUUGGGCUGUGAAUCUGACGGUUGUGGUUGGUGCUCAUGACAUUACAAGACAGGAAAGUUCUUCUUACAGGAUUGAUGUGAAAUUUUACCACAUACAUCCUGGUUACAAUGCUAAGACAUUGGAGAACGACAUCAUGCUGUUGCAGGUACAUGACAGAGGAAGUAUGCACAAUCUUGUCAAAACGACCCCGAAGAGCAAAGCUGUGCAGCAGAUUCCUCUCCCUAAGAAAGACCAGGACAUCAAGGCCAAAUACUUGUGUACCGUGGCAGGGUGGGGUGCCACAGAAACAGGGGGCACUGCAAACCCACGCCUUCUGGAGGUGAAUGUCACCGUUGUAGACAGAAGUUCCUGCCAGAGAUCUUGGGGGAACACUGCCACCAUAACCCAGUCUCUGAUAUGUGCCGGAGGUACUGCUGCUGAUUAUAAGGGCGUUUGCCAGGGAGAUUCAGGAGGUCCUCUGGUGUGUAAGGGGACAACAGUAGGAGUUGUGUCAUUCAACCAGCAAGGAAACUGCAAUGAGCCACGGAAGCCCAACGUCUACACCAAAAUAUCCAAGUAUCUUUCCUGGAUCAAGUCUAUCAUUAAGUACUAAGGAAUGAGACAUUAAUUGAGUGACUAAUAAAUAUAUAUCAUUGUAUCAAA